AUGCAAACACCUCGAAAAAAGAAAAUAAAAACACAUCCAUACAAACUCAGACGAAAAACCAUCAACCUUGAACGCGGAAACCGCGCCGCCGCAACCCCGGUGAUGCAGACAGGGAAACCCCACCCGAAACCACAGACCCCGACCCACACCCCAAACCACAACUCGGACCGGCACCGAAAAAAAGACACAACAGGUACGAGGGCCUCCUCCAAAACCGGCGGGGUGGAGGGCUCUGCCCACGUGUUGGCGGCCUUCCCGGCCCAACGCCGCCUGCGGGAGCCCCAUUGGGAGGGGGAAGCAAAAAAGAAAAGGAAAAAAGGGGUGCCAGCAGCCGCGCCCCACCCCGCGCCGCCCCCGCUUCAAAAUUUCCCGUCGCCCCUUGAUUUUUCCGGAAGCCCGAGGUGGGGGAGGCAGGGUUUGCCGUGA